AUGCUAAAGAUGAUCCUACUUCCGCUACUCCUAUCUUUGGCAGCUGCCGCUGCCUCCGCUGCCCGAAUCAGAUCCCUCACGCACAGCGGCCCUGGCUGUCCCCAAGAUGCCCGAGUGACAUGGUCCGGCGACCUCAGCGACCUGACGAUCACGCUGCCCGACUUUGGCGAGUCUCUUGCGGCUGGCCAGAUGACGAGCUGCCAGGUUCACUUGCUCGUCGACCAGGGUGAGUCCGGGAAGUCGCUGGUGCUGCAGGACGUUGUCGUCCGCGGCGGGCUCUACUUGAGCCCCAACUCCAAGGUUGACUUUUACACGACGGCAUACUGGAGCGAGACAGCGUCUGAUACGCUAUCGCUCAGCGCCUAG